UAAAAAAACCAUUAACCCACCCAGAAAUCGAACCCGUGACCCAUCCACCCCCCUUCUUCUUCCUCUAUACCCUACUUCCGCCGCCGCCAGGGGGAUUUCCCCUCGAUCUCCCUGCUGCAGCCCCCGCCGCCGGAUCCAGAUUCACCAGGAAGAAGAAAGACGAAUGUUGUUAGGGUCGAUUCAAUCAAUCUCUCUUCCACUUUCAUCUCUUCUGUUGAACCCUAGAAAUUCAGAUCGAUUCCUUUUACACAGUACAGCUAAUCAUAUCUUAAAACUCACCAGUCACCACACUUCCUCUUCACACUCCUUCGAUUCCAUUUCCCCGUGGCCGAUUCGUUGAAAAAAAUUCACUAGAUGGGUCGCGAAGUUUCACCCGAAUCGGAGUCUCCAUCGUCGCCGUCAACGACGGCGACCCAGACGCCUUCUUACUACAGUCCCAGGCAAGCCAUUGACGUUCUCUCUUCUUUGAUCUCCUUCUCCCACUCCGCCAAAGUGGGAUGCCAGUUCUAAAUGGGGGUCCUAACACUCCGUCGAAUAUAGAUCCGUGGUAGGUCAUUGGAGAUUCGUCGUUCGUGGUUUUGUAUACCGACCGGUCAUCCCCCUUCGAGCGAAACAAGGUUGCUCUUCGGAUGGAUGUACUCUAUGAUUUGGAGAGUUGUCCAUCUGGGGGAGUUGGUGUGUAUAACCCUGGAUUCUGGGGCAUGAAUAUAGAAGGGGGAAAGAAAUACAAAUUGAUUCUUUAUGUUCGCUCACUAGAUUCUAUUGAUGUGUCCGUGCUGUUGACGGGAUCAAAUGGGUUGCGGACAUUGGUUACUACCAUCAUCAAAGGACCUGCUUCAGCUGUUUCAGACUGGACAAAGGUGGAGACCCUGCUAGAAGCUGUUUCAAUCUGAGCUCGGCGGUGGAUGAAGACGAGAGGUACGUGAGAGUGGUUGUGGAAUUGGGGGAAAUCGUUGCCAUCUUGGUCAAUCUCCUCGAGUCGCCGGAGAUCGAGAUUCGAGACGAGGCGGCGAGAUUGGCGAACCUGGAUCCGGCGGCGGGGGCUGCAGCAGGGAGAUCGAGGGGAAAUCCCCUCGGCGGAGGCGGAAGCAGGGUAUAGAGGAAGAAGAAGAAGGGUGGAUGGGCCACGGGUUCGAUUUCUGGGUGGGUUAAUGGUUUUUUUAGGUUGGGUCGGUUGGGUUGUGUUUAUAUGAGGUGGCAUGUUUUUCAGACGUGGCGGGUCAAUUUCUGUUUUUUGUGGGUUUAAAAUUGGGUGACUAGGCAUCUUUGUUAGCCACAUCAGCAGUUAACUGACGACACUAACGGAGUUUGACGGAGGUUAACGGAGAGUGACCGAACUUGGAUUGUUCAACUAAUUUAAGUGACUAAGAAUGGAAUAAACGAAUUCUAGUGACCAAACGUGAAAUUUUGUAGCAAUUCGAGUGACCAAACUUGCAAUUUAGCCAACGGUUGAAUUAUGGUUAAACCACAGUUUUAUCAUAAAAUAUCAUACCGCUGACUUUUCCAGUCAAUAUCCGGUACAGUUUCAUGGACCAUGAAAAAACGUAAUUUUCAAAACGUACUUCAAUUUACUCAUUGCUGUUAGAAAUUACUGUAAUUUCCUUUUGAUAGCUCUGGCAUCAAAAGUAUCUUCUCCACACAACUUCAUAUUUAUUCUUUCAUUAAUGAAACUUUAUAUUCACCAUCAAUAGUAUUUUCUUUUUUCUCUUGCAUCUCAUUGAAAACCAUUUUAAUGCUAAAAUGUUUGAAAAUGUGAAACAACUUUUCAGGGUGCUAGAAUUUUGCCUAAUAUAAAUCACAAAUAUUAGCAAUCAUUCGCUCUUUCCUCCCAUCACAAUAUUUCUAUGUCCAUCAUCAAUAAUCUCUUUCUUUAUCUCAAUAAUGUCAUUAUCUCUAUCACUGAAUUCACUACCUUUGAUAUUAGUAUACUCUUAAUGGCAGAAUUUUAUGAAUUGUGAGCAUUUUCAAGAACUUAAAUUUAUCCAAUACAUGUCAUGAACUUUGUUUGAGAUUGCUCUUCUUCAUCCUCUGUUAUCUUCAAAAUCGUGUACCCACUUAUGGGGUUCGCGAUGUUGUAAUCGGUGAGUUGCACAUGAAAGUUUAAUUUCAUGCUCUCAGUUUGUAUGAGAUCGAGAUGAGGGUGUAAAGGUUUUUCAUUUUUUCACUAUUUUUGAGUAGUUUCUCAAUAAUUAUUCCAAAAAAUCUAUCUUCCUCAUGAUGCAGAUCAACAAUAAAGUUAGAUUAAACAAAUAUUGUCUACAACUCACAGGUAAACCUAAAUAUAUAAAAUAACAACAAUUGAGAUACAUUAUUUGGUUGAAAGCUUGAUAUUUUAGUGGGUAUGUUGUUUUCUCUAAUGAAAAUGAACUUGAAGUUAAAAAUAAUUGAAAAGUAGAGAUAGAUUGUUACCUAACUCCUAUGUCUUUGAUGUUGUUGUAUAAUUCUUGUAAAUAGCUCAUCAUAACCUUCUUCAACUUUUCUUUGGCAAGUUACAAUUAAUAUGAUUUUUCUAACCCAUUUAAAAUCCGAGUUGAAAUGAAUGAGAUAUAGUAUGCUAAAUUUGUGAGAAAUUGAAAUCCUUUAACUAUAGGUAUUGAGAUUUGUGCCAGCUGUAAAACCUAUAACUAAGGGAUAUGCACCAAAAUUCAGGUCCUUUUACUUGGCUGUUUGAAAUCAAACUUGAACACUAUUUUGUUAAUAAGAUGAUCCCCAAGGUGAAUAUAUUUUCGAGGCGUAGACUCAAUAAAUAUAGUACUCAAUAAUAGUAUGAAUUGACU